AUGGUGGACCUGGACAGCGAGGUGCCCCCGCUGCCGCCGCGGUACCGCUUUCGGGACCUGCUGCUGGGCGAGCAGGGCUGGCAGAGCGACGACAGGGUGCAAGUUGAAUUCUAUAUGAAUGAAAAUACAUUUAAAGAGAGACUAAAGCUCUUCUUCAUCAAAAACCAAAGAUCAAGCCUGAGAAUACGAUUAUUCAAUUUUUCUCUCAAGCUACUAAGCUGUUUCUUAUACAUAAUUCGUGUGCUUCUAGAUGAUCCAACACAAGGACACGGAUGGUCUCCUAUUAUUUGGGUGAAUCGAAGUUUGCCUUUAUGGGGAUUACAGGUUUCAGUGGCUUUAAUAAGUCUCUUUGAAACACUGCUGCUGAGUUACCUAAGCUACAAGGGAAAUAUCUGGGAACAAAUUCUGAGAAUACCCUUCUUACUUGAAAUAAUAAAUGCUGUCCCUUUCGUCAUCACGAUUUUCUGGCCAGUCCUAAGAAACCUGUUUAUUCCUGUAUUUUUAAAUUGUUGGCUGGCAAAGCAUGCUUUGGAGAAUAUGAUUAAUGAUCUUCACAGAGCCAUCCAACGUACACAGUCUGCAAUGUUUAACCAAGUCCUCAUUUUAAUAUCCACCUUACUGUGUCUUAUCUUCACUUGUAUUUGUGGAAUUCAGCAUCUGGAACGAGCAGGAAACAGGUUGACUCUCUUUGACUCCCUUUAUUUCUGCAUAGUGACGUUUUCCACUGUGGGCUUUGGGGAUGUUACACCCAAGAUAUGGCCUUCAAAGCUGCUUGUUGUCAUUAUGAUCUGUGUUGCUCUUGUGGUGUUGCCCAUACAGUUUGAACAGCUGGCAUACUUGUGGAUGGAAAGACAAAAGUCUGGUGGCAACUACAGUCGACACAGAGCUCAGACGGAAAAACAUGUUGUGCUGUGUGUCAGCUCCCUGAAGAUUGAUUUACUUAUGGAUUUCUUAAACGAAUUCUAUGCUCACCCCAGACUGCAGGACUAUUAUGUUGUCAUUUUGUGUCCUACUGAGAUGGAUGCUCAGGUCCGAAGGGUGUUACAAAUCCCAAUGUGGUCUCAGAGAGUUAUCUAUCUGCAAGGCUCAGCACUAAAAGAUCAAGAUCUGUUGAGAGCUAAAAUGGAUGAUGCUGAAGCUUGUUUCAUUCUGAGUAGCCGCUGCGAGGUGGACCGGACAGCAGCUGAUCAUCAGACCAUUUUAAGAGCAUGGGCAGUUAAAGACUUUGCCCCAAAUUGUCCUUUGUAUGUUCAGAUACUGAAACCUGAGAAUAAAUUCCACAUCAAAUUUGCAGAUCAUGUUGUGUGUGAAGAGGAAUUCAAAUAUGCUAUGCUAGCUCUGAACUGUAUAUGUCCAGCUACCUCUACAUUAAUCACACUGCUGGUUCAUACAUCUAGGGGACAGGAGAGUCAGCAAUCACCAGAACAAUGGCAGAAAAUGUAUGGCAGAUGCUCUGGUAAUGAAGUGUAUCAUAUUAACCUGGAAGAAAGUACUUUUUUUGCUGAGUAUGAGGGGAAAAGCUUCACAUACGCUUCUUUCCAUGCACAUAAAAAGUUUGGAGUCUGUCUGAUUGCUGUUAGAAAGGAAGAUAACAAAAACAUUUUGCUGAAUCCAGGUCCUCGAUAUAUCAUGAGUUCUACAGAUAUAUGUUUUUAUAUAAACAUCACCAAAGAAGAAAAUUCUGCGUUUAAGAACCAAGAAAAGCAUAGAAAAAGACAUGAAUCAAAAUUAUCAUAUCAUGGAGCUUCUAGGUUGCCUGUACACAGUAUAAUAGCCAGCAUGGGGACAGUGGCUAUCGAUUUACAAGACACAGGAUGUCGAACGUCCAGUGGACCUACACUAGCUCUUCCUUCCGAGGGAGGUAAAGAGGGCAGACGGCCCAGUAUAGCACCUGUUUUGGAGGUUGCAGACUCAUCCUCACUUCAGACAUGCGACCUGCUAAGUGACCAGUCAGAAGAUGAAACUACCCCAUCGGACGAUGAAGUCUCUGCAGGCUUAGAGUAUGCCAAAGGCUAUCCUCCUUACUCUCCUUAUAUUGGAAGCUCUCCCACAUUUUGUCACCUUCUGCAUGAAAAAGUGCCCUUCUGUUGUCUAAGAUUAGAUAAGGGGUGCCAACAUAACUACUAUGAAGAUGCCAAAGCCUAUGGAUUCAAAAAUAAAUUGAUUAUAGUUGCAGCAGAAACUGCUGGAAAUGGCUUAUAUAAUUUUAUUGUGCCACUCAGAGCUUAUUACCGACCGAAGAAAGAACUAAAUCCCAUUGUAUUACUCCUGGAUAACCCGCCAGAUAUGCAUUUUCUGGAUGCAAUCUGUUGGUUUCCAAUGGUUUACUACAUGGUGGGCUCUAUCGACAACCUAGAUGAUUUAUUAAGAUGCGGGGUCACCUUUGCAGCUAAUAUGGUGGUGGUGGACAAAGAAAGUACAAUGAGUGCUGAGGAAGACUACAUGGCAGAUGCUAAGACUAUUGUAAAUGUUCAAACACUUUUUAGGUUGUUCUCAAGCCUAAGCAUUAUCACAGAACUAACUCACCCAGCCAAUAUGAGAUUCAUGCAGUUCAGAGCCAAAGAUUGCUAUUCUCUUGCUCUAUCCAAAUUGGAAAAGAAAGAGCGGGAGAAGGGAUCUAAUUUGGCAUUUAUGUUUCGACUGCCUUUUGCUGCUGGCAGGGUUUUCAGCAUCAGUAUGUUGGACACACUGCUAUAUCAGUCAUUUGUGAAAGAUUAUAUGAUUUCUAUCACAAGACUUCUGCUGGGACUUGAUACCACACCAGGAUCUGGGUUUCUUUGUUCUAUGAAAAUCACAGAAGAAGAUCUGUGGAUUAGGACAUAUGCCAGACUAUAUCAGAAACUUUGUUCUUCUACAGGAGACAUUCCAAUUGGAGUCUAUAGGACAGAAUCUCAAAAGCUUACAACAUCUGAGUCUCAAAUCUCUAUUAGUGUGGAAGAAUGGGAAGACACUAAAGACACCAGAGAGCACUUUAAUUAUCGCAGUAAUCAUCGUAACUCAACAUCUAGUGAUCAGUCUGAUCAUCCUUUGUUACGACGAAAAAGCAUGCAGUGGGCCCGACGGCUGAGCCGAAGAGUACCAAGACACUCUGGUAAAACAGCUGAGAAGAUAAGCCAGCAGCGAAUGAAUCUUUAUAGGAGAUCAGAAAGACAGGAACUUGCUGAACUUGUGAAAAAUAGAAUGAAGCACCUGGGCCUUUCUCCAGCAGGAUAUGAUGAGAUGAAUGAUCAUCAGAACACCCUUUCUUACAUCCUGAUCAAUCCUUCUCCAGAUACAAGAUUAGAGCUAAAUGAUAUAGUAUACUUGAUCCGACCUGAUCCCUUGGCUUAUGUUCCAAAUACAGCACCCAGCCGAAAAGACAGCUUCUACAAUACAGUGGGACAAGACACCAGGGAGGAAACACAACUUUGA